AUGGCCUUCCUCAUCCUCGUCAUCGGGGACCUACACAUCCCCGACCGCGCUCUCGACAUCCCAGCCAAAUUCAAAAAACUCCUCGCCCCCGGCAAGAUCGGCCAAACCCUCUGCCUCGGCAACCUCACCGACAAACACACCUACGAAUACCUCCGCUCCAUAACGCCAGACCUCAAAAUCGUCAAGGGCCGCAACGACGUCGAGGCCACGUCCCUCCCGCUCACACAGGUCGUCACCCACGGCAGCAUCAGGAUCGGCUUCCUCGAGGGCUUCACCCUGGUGUCGAGCGAGCCGGAUUUACUGCUCGCAGAGGCGAAUAGGCUGGAUGUGGAUGUGUUGUGUUGGGGCGGCACCCACAAGUUCGAUGCGUUUGAGUACAUGGACAAGUUCUUCGUGAACCCGGGGAGUGCGACGGGUGCGUUUUUGAAUUCGUGGGGCGGCGUGGGCGAGGAUCCUACGCCGAGCUUUUGUCUGAUGGAUGUUCAAGGGAUUUCUCUUACCUUGUACGUCUAUCAACUUCGCAAAGACGACAAGGGGAAUGAGAAUGUGGCUGUGGAGAAAGUCACGUAUACGAAACCAGUCGAGGCAGCGGGCAAUUCAUCGUGA